AAUCAAAUAUUCAACCACAUCAAAGGAAUUUCGUACAAAGUCAAACCUUUAUCAUACGUUAGAUAAAUCUCUAUUUGAACAACCGUGUCCCCUGUCGUCCUAUUCACGUGGUGUAAUCCGUUCAACGUAUCAAAGUCCAUACAUGAUGUAACCAAUUGGGCAGAGAGUGCAAGAUACACUUCAGAUUGCUAGGCUAAUCAUAAUCAUCGUUAGAAUUGCUUGAAACUGUAGCUUGAUUGCUGUUUACCACUAUUGAUCCAAACCAUAUGUUGUGGCCUCUAUUUACGAUUCGAAACACGAACGCCCCUUCCGCCACAGAAAGAAAAAAAAAGGAUGAAAAGGAACGGAACUAUGCUUUGUUUCACACUGCCUAGCUCUGAAGUUGAAAGCGCAAGCGAGCUUUUCACUCAUGCCAGAAUAUCACGUCCUUUUUCAAGUAGUGUUAAUUUAUUGAUCGCAAUGCGAAGAAGAUUGGAUGAGAUUUGCUAAAUAAUUCAUUGCAUAUGGGAAGCAACUAGGGAGGGCAUCCUGCCAUGUCACUGGAACAACGCCAUUUCUCUGUCAGAUUUAAUUGUCCCAAAGGCAACUGCUGUGCCAAAAAAUACGAACCAAGAUUAUUUCUAACAUCUUGCGGCGACUAAAAGUUAAGCAAAUGUAACAGACUGUCACGGACUCGAUGGAGCGGACCACUCACGAAUAGAAAAACAAAACUGGCGCAACGAGUGAAGAGCCACCUGGGAUCUAGUCUUUUUUAUUUUCACGCAAUUCUCCCAUCUAUAUCGAUUCUUUCGUGCUGGUCUUUUACGCUCUAUGUAAGUUUGAAAUCGAUGCUUAAUGUUUGCCAAGAUAUUUUUUUCUGCUGUGAUUAGUCUCACACAUUACUUGCAGUUGGCUCUGCGUCGCGUAGAAUCAACAUUUCCCGGCGAAAGAGUGAGCUCCAUUAUACAGCAAAAGAGUUGAUCGAACCGACGAUUGCAUAGAGUUUCCGGGAGUUUCUAUUUUCAGCUAUUUUCAUUCGAACCGCCUUUUUUUUUUUUGCUUUGCAUAAAGUGGUGACAUAAACAGAACUAUAGCAGUUCCUUACAAAAGAAAGAGACGGGGCUGCGCUAAAAAAGCGCAUCACUGACCAUAGUGUUUGCAUUGCAGCCAUCGCAUCUCAAGACAUAAAAAGAGAGCGCGUUUUUUAUAGUUGCGUGAAUCUCGAUCGAAUACAGCAGCAGUCGGCUACCACAAACUGCCAACGCGUUUCGAAGUUGUGACAUAUUAUACAUUCACCCGCGCCCUACAUCUUGUCUGUUGUCCUUGGAAUCGAACACCAGUGACUAGCGUGGAAUCGAUGGAGGACCAACAGUCAUCUAGUCACUGCGUUUCAUCGCAGGAACACAGCAUGUCCAAUCAGCGAGCGUCCCUCCAUCUCCCCGAAGCGGCGCUAAACGCGAAUUCAACAGCGGCAUCAUCCCAUCAACAUCUUCAGUUUCCUCCUCGAGUUGGCGGAAUUCAAGCUACACUUGCCGAAAAGGAAGACAGCCUAUCGCCGGCCGUGCCCAGCCUUCUUCAUCUGCCUCUAUGCCGCCAGACAACCCCCGUGCCCGGACUCCGUUAUCGCAAUCUUGGGAAAAGUGGUCUUCGCGUUUCUAACGUUGGACUAGGUACUUGGGUGACAUUCAGUGCACCCAUUAGUGAAGAAAUAGCCGAAGACAUUAUCGUUAUGGCCUUCGAGAGCGGUAUCAAUGUUUUUGACCUGUCCGAUGGAUAUUGUGGACCGCGGGCAGAAGUAUCACUUGGCCGUAUUCUGAGACAAAGACGAUGGAGGCGGUCCAGCUACAUAGUCAUUACGAAAAUCUAUUGGAGCUAUCGUUCCGAAGAGAGAGGUUUGUCAAAGAAACAUAUCGUCGAAUCGAUUCGCGCCUCACUAGAUCGGCUACAGCUGGACUACAUUGAUGUUGUUCUCAUUCAUAGAGCUGAUCCAAUGUGCCCCAUGGAAGAAGUGGUUCGGGCUAUGAACCACGUCAUCGAUCAUGGCUGGGUCAUGUAUUGGGGCACAUCGCGCUGGUCUUCUGUUGAGAUUUCCGAGGCCUACAACAACUGCCGCCAGUUCAACUGCCCUCUGCCGAUUUGCGAGCAAUCAGAAUAUCAUUUCCUCUGCCGAGAGAAAAUCGAAAUUUCUCUGCCCGAAGUCUACAAUAAACUAGGUGUCGGACUGAUGACGUGGUCGCCACUAACUAUGGGAUUCAAUGUUUCUAAAGGCGAGGAGACGUUUCCAAAUUUUCAUCGCAUGUCUUUUAAGAAAAAAUUUUCUACCGUCACUUGGCCGGACGACGAAGCAGCCGCUGCUACCAAAGAGAACGCUUACGUACCAAGGAUGUCAGCUGAAGAAGUUCAGCGUCAAAAUGGCAAGUUGCGGGAAAUCUCGCAAAUGGCAGAACGAUUCGGCUGCACUUCGUCCCAACUGGCUAUCGCGUGGUCACUGAAAAAUGAACAUGUGCAUUCGGUUCUAAUUGGAGCCAUUUCUCCAGAACAACUAUACGAACACCUUCAAGCUCUUCAGAUAGUGCCUAAAUUGUCGGCUGCAGUCAUGUUGGACCUCGAACGAGUCCUCGACAACAAGCCCAUCCGUCCACCCAUGAUAUCAACGCUGGCGAUGAGGUGACACGAGACAAUCGAAUGAUAUUUACCGGUAGGUAUAAUAACGGCAACCAAGGAAAGUGCGAUUUCGGCCAGUUGCGGUCAAACUUUUUGGAGCCAAAUCCUCAUGUAACACGUUGGCCUUUUGUAUUAUUCUGUGACACUAUGAGAUGGGCUUCAUGCGAGAAAUACUUCGAUAUAGUUGGAGAUGAGUCUGAGAAAACACGGUAUCGUUCCUUUUUUUGGAUACCAAGCUCUAUACGUAGAUUCACCCGAUUGUUAGUUUGGACAUUUGUAAUUAUUGGUAAACUAUUGGUUUUCAUUUACCUGGCGCGUUAUCUGGAGAAAAUGUUAUAUUUCAUUACAAAAAAAGAAAUCAUUAAGAACUUAAGUACUGUAGAUUCUUGCAUUAUUUAACUCAUGGAUGGCUUGAAAAAUGCUGGUGCUUCUCGCGCUCGAUUACUGCUAAUGCCAGCUACUCACUUAUUUUGUCUGUAAAUUGGAUGACGAUAAAAAAUGUCGCCUGUUGCUACAUUAUUCUGAACUAUGCAUAUACAACAAUACAAAACUAAAAAGCUAAA